AACAGACGCUGCUCUUCCCGGAUAGUUUGUAAAAAUUUCAUUUUAAUCAGCGCUUCCUCUCCGAUUCGUGUACUGUAUUAUGAGUAAGGAGGUAGAAAAUUAUAAGGAGGAGGAGGUUAUUCAAGGCGAAAUGUAGAGCAGUGUUUCCGUAUAAAAUUCUCUGGACAUACCAACUGAGUAUAACGGAAGAACACUUCUCAAAAGCCAGACGAAUUCGGGUAGUGAGCGUACUGCCGUUUAUAUACACUUCAGCGCGUGUUUUUGGCAAACUGUACGGAGUAGAAUACUUGUAAGGGUCGGAAAUGAGUAUAGUGGUAGACGAAAGCGAUGACCCAGCUUUAGAUCUUGCCCUUGAAGAGCCAUCUAUAGAAAUUCGGGAUAUAAAAAUUCGUAAAGACAAAUGGAGUAGCGAUGAAUUUGAAGUAUUAGAUUUUUUGGGUAGGGGUAAAUUUGGCGAAGUGAAAAGAUGUAAAGAAAAGUCCACUGGAAAAUAUUUUGCGGCCAAGUUUAUUUUAACUUCGACGAAUUCCGAGAGAGCCGAGGUCGAACAUGAAGUAGCCAUAAUGAACAAGCUGAGACAUAAACGUCUUUUACAAUUGUAUGACGCUUUCGCUUGCAGGGAUCAGAUGUGCUUGAUACUGGAACUCAUCCAUGGUGGGGAGCUAUUUGAUAGGGUCAUUGACGAUGAUUUCAUACUCACCGAAAGGGCGUGUCAAGUGUUCAUGAGGCAAAUUUGCGAGGGUGUAGACUAUAUGCAUUCCAUCAACAUCCUGCAUCUUGACAUGAAACCUGAGAAUAUUCUCUGUUUAACAAAAACGGGAAAUCGGAUUAAAAUAAUCGAUUUUGGUUUAGCAAGAGAAUAUAGUAGUCGUAAAGAUUUAAGAGUUCUAUUCGGAACUCCCGAAUUUAUGGCACCGGAAGUUAUAUCAUACGAGCCUAUUGAUUGCUCAACAGAUAUGUGGAGUAUAGGAGUUAUAACUUACGUUCUCCUAUCAGGUUUAUCGCCCUUUAUGGGCGAUAACGAUGCCGAAACGCUAUCCAACGUUAUGAAGGGAACAUUUGACUUUGAUUACGCAGAAUUUUCUAAUGUUUCUGAAGAGGCUAAAGACAUGAUUAGAAAACUUUUAAUAAAAGAUCGGAGAAAGAGGCUUACUGCCAGGCAGUGCUUAGAGAGUUCGUGGCUAAGAACAGAUAAACACAAAGGCUUUUCAUUGGAAUUAUCAAAGAAACGCCUUAGACGAUUUCAAAUUCGUCGCCGUUGGCAGAAAAUGGUAAACGUUCUGAUAGCUUUAAAAAGAAUGGGAGUCUGUUUAUCAACUAUACCACGAUGCUCAUGGACUAGCACGAAUAUUCGUUAUCAAUUUCCAAAUGGAAUUAAUACCAUCAAUACUCGACCUGUUGAACUUCAUCAUGAUAUUUCCUAUUUAUCUUUAAAUUCAGAUAUAGAAAAUAGGAAAAAUUACCCGAAUACCGAACUCUAGCGUUUUUUACUGCAUUUUAUUGCGCUAAAUACGGUGCGUUAUCAAUAUUGUGUUGCCUUAUCAAUACAAUUAAGUAUUCUACUUUAACCCCCUUAAAAAAUUCAAAUCUAAAAAAUUUUAUUAUUAGGUUCCAUUAUUAUCUCUUAACGUUUUAAAUAAACCAAUGAUCGUUCAUAAUUUAAGAUAUUUAUUUACGUAUUUUAUCUAGUAAGCUU